CGCGGAGGAAGAGGAGGAGGAGGCGAAAACAAAAUGGCGCCUUGACAGAGGAGCCAAAGGGAGAGACACAGAGAGAGAGGAAGGAAGGACGCGGAGACACAGCGCCGCCGACGCUCCGCCUCGCCCGCCUCAGGAGAGGCCUCUCCGGCUGCUUUGAGGCCCCGGGCCCCGAGGAGGCGACGAAGGAGGCCCAAGUGAGCCUCCGGAGGAGGAGGAAGGAGGAGAACAUGGCGGCGGAGAAGGGGAAGAAGGAGGCAGCCGAGACGGGCUGGGAGCGCUCCUGAGCGGCAGAGGCAGAAAUAUAGGCCGCGGCUUUUGCGGCCUAAGAGCCUCAGGGGAAGAAGGGGCCCCGAGGCACAAUAGGACGGGCCGAGGCCCCUCUGUUUCCCCCUCUCCCUCCAUUAGGACCCUUCAGUAUUUCCCUCUUUCUUCCCCAGGAAGAGCCCCCUCUUUGGGCUCCUUCCCUCUCGCCUUCCCUGGCCCUCCUCUGCUUUAUUCCCUCUUUACUAACGCUCACUUUACCCUUGAUUGCUUUACCACGCUUUGUUUCUUACCCCCCUGGUCUCUUACCCCCGGAUUAACCUUUAACCCUGGGUCACUUUUUGACCCCUGAUCGGUUUACCCUGAAUCACUUUUAGCCCCCAAUUAUAUCCCAGAUUACUUUUUACCCCCAAUCGCUUUAUAACCCAGAUCACUUUUACCCCUGAUCACUUUGCCCUCAAUUACUUCAUAGCCUGAUUACUUUUUACACCAGAUCACUUUAUGCUCAAUUACUUUAUACCCCAGAUCACUUUUUGCCCUUGAUUGCUUAACCCUCAAUCGUUUUAUAACCCAGAUCGCUUUUACCCUUGACCACUUUACCCUCAAUUACUUGAUACCCUAAACUAUUGUGACCUCAGUUACCUAUACCCUAGAUCACUUUUUACCUCUGAUCAGUUCACCCUCAAUUGCUUUUUUUACCCCUGGUUAAACCCCAUAUUACUUUUUUUACCCCAAUCUUUUCCCCAAUCGCUUUACCCAAGACCACUGUUUAUCCCAACCGCUUUACUCUCAAUUACUUUUUACCCUGAUCGCUUUAUAUCCCAGAUUAUUUCUUUUUCCCUGAUCACUUUACCCAGGAUCCCUUUAUUAUCCUUGGUUACUUUACUUUCUCAUUGGUGUCCAUCUCCCCCUUUAGCAAAUAUUCUGCCCUCCCCCUUCAUUUUGCAAAACAGCCCCCUCCCCAUUUAAUGUGGGACCCUCUCUAGCUGCUGCCCUUUGCAUUUUCUUUCUUUCUUUCUUUCUUUCUUUCUUUCUUUCUCUUUACUCCCAUUCUUUCCAGCCUCUUGUUGUGGUUCUUCUUUCUUCCUCUCAAACCCUAGUAUUGGUGCUUCCUCUUCUCUUCCCCUUUCUGCUGUUUUUUGUUUUUGCUUCACUGAAAGAAAAAGAAAAACCCAAAAUUUCUGAGCUCCUGGAGGAGAUAAGAGCUGCAUUUUGUGUUGGCCCCCUUUUUGGGGAUGAUGGGGCUGCUGCUUCUUCUUUAGCAGUGUCACUAAAGAAGAUACUGCUUCAGGUAUUAUUGCGUGGGACGCUUCCUCACUUCCCUGCUUUCCUUUAUUGAGGGGGGCAAAGGCCCCCCCGCCUACUACUGUUAGUAUUACUACCACCACCAUCAUCACCACCACACUUCAGUUGACUUACACACACACACAGGCCUUGGUGGUGUGGCAAGAGGCAGCAGGAUGACUGAUACCCGGAGGAGGGUGAAGGUGUAUACGCUGAACGAAGACAGACAGUGGGAUGAUCGGGGCACCGGACACGUGUCCUCUGGCUAUGUGGAAAGGCUGAAGGGCAUGUCCCUGCUAGUCAGGGCAGAGAGCGAUGGUUCUCUUCUUCUGGAGUCUAAAAUCAAUCCAAAUACUGCAUACCAGAAGCAACAGGACACACUGAUUGUGUGGUCUGAAGCAGAGAACUAUGACCUGGCACUUAGCUUUCAAGAAAAAGCUGGAUGUGAUGAAAUAUGGGAAAAAAUAUGUCAGGUCCAAGGAAAAGACCCUUCAGUGGACAUUACUCAGGAUCUGGUGGAUGAAUCUGAGGAGGAACGCUUUGAUGAUAUGUCAUCCCCAGGUUUGGAGUUGCCAUCUUGUGAAUUAAGUCGAUUAGAAGAAAUUGCAGAACUUGUGGCAUCUUCAUUACCUUCACCGUUGCGGCGUGAAAAACUUGCUUUAGCACUGGAAAAUGAGGGCUAUAUUAAAAAGCUCUUAGAAAUUUUUCAUGUAUGUGAGGAUUUGGAGAACACUGAAGGACUGCACCAUUUGUAUGAAAUUAUUAAGGGAAUCUUCCUUUUGAAUAGAACUGCACUUUUUGAAGUCAUGUUUUCAGAAGAAUGUAUAAUGGAUGUAAUUGGAUGCCUAGAAUAUGAUCCAUCUUUAUCGCAGUCACGGAAACACAGGGAAUUUCUGACAAAAACUGCAACAUUUAAAGAGGUUAUUCCAAUAUCUGACCCAGAGCUGAAACAAAAAAUACACCAGACAUAUAGAGUACAGUAUAUUCAAGAUAUGGUUCUACCUACUCCUUCGGUAUUUGAGGAAAACAUGUUAUCAACGCUUCAUUCAUUCAUCUUUUUUAAUAAAGUAGAAAUAGUUGGUAUGUUACAGGAAGAUGAAAAAUUUUUGACAGACCUAUUUGCACAACUUACAGAUGAAGCUACGGAUGAGGAGAAGAGGCAAGAAUUGGUAAACUUCCUUAAAGAGUUCUGUGCAUUUUCUCAAACAUUACAGCCUCAAAACAGAGAUGCUUUUUUCAAAACAUUAUCUAAUAUGGGCAUCCUUCCAGCACUAGAAGUCAUCCUAGGUAUGGAUGACGCACAAGUGCGAAGUGCAGCUACUGAUAUAUUCUCCUAUUUGGUUGAAUAUAAUCCAUCUAUGGUACGAGAAUUUGUCAUGCAAGAAGCUCAACAGAAUGAUGAUGAUAUCUUACUCAUUAACCUCAUCAUAGAACACAUGAUUUGUGAUACAGAUCCUGAACUUGGAGGAGCAGUCCAGCUGAUGGGUCUCUUGCGUACCUUGGUGGAUCCAGAAAAUAUGCUAGCUACUGCCAAUAAAACAGAAAAGACAGAAUUCUUGGGGUUCUUCUACAAACAUUGUAUGCAUGUCCUUACUGCACCGUUAUUGGCCAAUACUACAGAGGAAAAGCCUAGUAAAGAUGAUUUUCAAACAGCCCAGCUGUUGGCCUUGAUAUUAGAGUUACUAACUUUCUGUGUAGAACAUCAUACAUACCAUAUAAAGAACUACAUUAUUAACAAGGAUAUUCUUCGAAGAGUGCUAGUCUUGAUGGCUUCGAAGCAUGCUUUCCUGGCAUUAUGUGCCCUGCGUUUUAAAAGAAAGAUAAUUGGAUUGAAGGAUGAAUUCUACAAUCGCUAUAUAAUGAAAAGUUUCUUGUUUGAACCAGUGGUCAAAGCAUUUCUCAGCAAUGGUUCCCGCUAUAAUCUGAUGAACUCUGCUAUUAUAGAGAUGUUUGAGUUCAUUAGAGUGGAAGAUAUAAAAUCCUUAACAGCUCAUGUAAUUGAAAAUUACUGGAAAGCUCUAGAAGAUGUAGACUAUGUGCAGACAUUCAAAGGUUUGAAAUUACGUUAUGAACAACAAAGGGAAAGACAAGAUAAUCCCAAGCUUGACAGCAUGCGUUCCAUCUUGAGAAACCAUAGAUAUCGGAGAGAUGCAAGGACUUUGGAGGAUGAGGAGGAGAUGUGGUUUAACACUGAUGAAGAUGAUAUGGAAGAUGGAGAAGCAGUUGUGCCACCCUCAGACAAAAGUAAAAAUGAUGAAGAUAUUAUGGAUCCUAUAAGUAAAUUUAUGGAGAGAAAAAAAUUUAAAGAAAGUGAAGAAAAGGAGGUCCUUCUUAAAACCAAUCUCUCUGGUCGACAGAGCCCAAGUUUUAAACUUUCCUUCUCCAGUAAUACAAAAGCUAACCUCACCAGCCAGUCAUCUGCAAGUAAUUUGCCUGGGUCUCCUGGAUCUCCAGGAUCUCCUGGUUCACCGGGAUCUCCUGGAUCAGUUUCUAAAAGCACAUCUCAAAUGGCAGCUAUAACUACAAAGGGAGGAUUAGUGGGUCUUGUAGAUUAUCCUGAUGAUGAUGAUGAAGAUGAUGAAGAAAGCCUACCUUUGUCACAGAAAGCAAAGCUAGAAUCCUCAUAAUGACAGCUCUGAAGAGCAUUAUCAGCUGCGUGAUAAACUUGGUUUCCAGGGGAGUGGGAGAGUUGAUAAUUAAAAACUGCAAUCUCUAACAGAUUACUGUGUAUAACACAGAUCAACUUUUAAAAAAUAGAUUUCUGCUGAUCAAGUGCCAAUUUGAAGGAGCAGAAGAAGAGGAAAUACUAUGCUUUGUGGAAAAGACAUGCCUUUGACCUCUCCAGCUUGGACCACACAUUGCCCUUUUCUCAGGGAAGGAAAUGGAAAAUAUAAAGCCAACAGGGCAGGAAUUUUGGUAGUGGAAUUCUGGAUUGGCUGUUCAGUUGUUACAAUCAGAACAUGCUUUCUUGGACCAUGUACAAGACUUUGAAGAAAAGGCUCUACUGCCAUAGUUCUUCACUUGCUAAGAAUGCCAGCAGUUUCUUUGUAUAAAGAGACCUGCCUUUGAAACCAUACAUUCUGAACAUUUUAGUCGGGCUACAACAGUUUUUUUUAAAAAAACAAAACAAAAAAACUUGGGGGAGGGCUGAACAUAAGUUUCCUCUUUUUUAAUCCGUUCCCUUUUGCCCUUUAAACUGCAGAUUUUUGUUUGGAGGUGAGGGAUUUGUCUAUCCCUUGAUUAAAAAAAUUGAAUGGAAUUCUAGAUGUCACUUAUGUGUCAUAAUUUUAUUUUUAUUUUGCCCCGAGUGUAUGCUUAGUUGUUGAGUAUAUAUUUGGGACCAUUAAAAUUUUUGAUGUAAUAUAA